GAUGCUUAGAUGGUUUAGACCUGUUCAACUAUCCAAGUUUAUUCCCCCAUUUCGAGCAUUUCAUAGACAAAGCAAAACAGAGAGAAGAGAUUUUAUGAUGACACAGUUCGGACCUCCAGUGAACCGCUCCAUGACCGAGUUGGACCGGUCUUUUUUCCAGAAACUGGCUACCUUGCUUGUAGCCUGUUUCCCAGACCCCAGCAAAUUGGGACAGUUUGUAAAGGAGUGCAAAAAGGACAUUUUGUACUUGCCUUCGGUCAAGCACAUUGUGGCCGUUGGAAGCAUGAAGGGCGUACUUUUGAGAGAAGAUAUAAAUGAUCUUGAAACAUAUAAAAACAAACUUUCUGAAAAGACCACUGAAAAAAUCAAGGAAUUCGGCAUUUUGGUUAAACCCUAUGAAUUUCACAUGGACUAUAACUUUUGGAGAGCAGACGACAUUUUACGGGCAGUUUUACCCGAAAAUUUGUUGGAUGAGCUUCCCACUGGUUUUGCUCAGGCUGGGCAUGUUGCUCACAUAAACUUGCGGGAAGAGUUCAAGCCGUACGGCAAAUUGAUAGGCCAGGUGAUCUUGGAUAAGAACAGUAAGGUUGAAACUGUUGUUGACAAGGUCGAUACCAUCGACACCCAAUUUAGAACUUUCAAGAUGAAAGUUUUGGCGGGUAGACACGAUUUGGUGGUGGAGCAGAGUGAAAGUGGGUGUAAGUUCACCUUUGACUUCAGCAAAGUGUACUGGAAUUCAAGGUUAAGUACCGAGCAUGAUAGACUUAUAUCCCAAUUCGCACCUUGUUCGGUCGUUGGAGAUGUUUUUGCAGGCGUGGGGCCAUUCGUAGUACCAGCCGGAAAGAAAAAUGUGUUUGUGUUGGCCAACGACUUAAACCCAGAAUCGUUCAAGUACCUCGAGUACAAUAUCAAGGCGAACCGCACACAAGACUUUGUACAAAGCUUCAAUUUGGACGGUAGACAGUUCAUUAGAGAGUCUCCUCAAUUAUUGUUGAAAUGGGCCAACGAAGUCAAAUCUGUGAGCCAAAAGAAACUCAUUAAAAAGAGGAAGAUUUCGCAAGAUAAGCCCGCUGAGUACAAGGUCACAACGUUCGAUAUCCCAAAGUACAUCAGCAACUACGUCAUGAAUCUUCCUGACAGUGCGUUGACAUUCUUGGAUGAGUUUGUUAGCUUGUACUCGAGAGAUCCCGAAGUUGAAAAGAUCGUCAAAGAAAUCCCCGACUUUAAGCUUCCGAUUGUCAAUGUCCAUUGUUUUGAAAAAUUCUCUGCUACAGAACCUGAACCUCCAAUGGAAGAAUUGCAUAGAAGAGUUCACGCUAAAAUCGUGAAACUUAUUGACCAUGCACUACCCUUUGAAGAGUGUGAAUUCCACUUGGUAAGAAAGGUGGCACCCACAAAGCCCAUGUUCUGUGUGACUUUUACUUUACCCAAAGACGUGGUUUUCAGAAAAGUAGAGUAAUUUAGAAUUAGUGUAUUAUAGCCUGUAAAUAUACCAAGACUCAGUA